GGCUACUGUUAUAAAUGAGCUCUGCUCUGUCAGUAACACAAUCACACUCCGUCUUGGUUAAAUGAUCAGAAGACGUUUCUUGCACACGCUUAAAAUUAAGUAGUUAUUGAGUUACAAUGCCGUGGACUAGCACUAACAGAAUUUAUGCGAAACCAUCGAGUUCGGGCGAGGGCACUACCCCAGUGGCCCCACAAAAGGCCCGCGCUGCCACCACAGCGGCGGCUGACUCCGGAGGUCGCUUCGAACUCAGCGAUCACGGAUAUGGAAAAAGCUCCGUAAAAUUAUUACACGUACACAGAGACGGAGAGUUUCACUCAAUCAGAGAGUUCGAAGUGUCAACAGAAUUGAAAUUAUCAUCUGAAUCAGCGUACAUCGUCGGCGACAAUAAGGAAGUUGUGGCCACGGACUCACAGAAGAAUACAGUGUACGUGCUCGCGAAGAAGCAUGGGAUCAAAACGCCAGAGGAGUUCGGUGCCGUCGUUGUAAACCAUUUUCUAUACACUUAUAGACAAGUGCAAGAAGCCAAGUGUCAUAUCAUAGAAUAUCCUUGGGAAAGAUUGCAAGCUGGCGGACCACACAAUCACGCAUUUAUAUUUUCACCAACUGCAACGAGGUGGUGCGAGGUGUCUCAAACCAGACACGAGGCUGUUUUGGUGAAAUCAGGUUUACGUGGCCUUAGAGUUUUGAAAACAACACAGUCCGCGUUUGUAGACUUCGUACAAGAUGAGUAUACAACACUCAGUGAUGCUGCGGAGAGAAUUUUCAGCACCGUUGUAGAUGCAGAAUGGACAUAUGACAGCAUGAGAACAGCUGACUUUGAUAACGCUUGGUUGACGGUGAAGGACGCCAUCUUGGACAAGUUCGCCGGUCCAGCAGACACCGGCAUCUAUUCACCUUCCGUGCAACAUACCUUGUAUCAAGCAGAAAAAACUGUUUUGGAAAAAGUCUCAGAGGUAACAUGGAUCAGAAUGACGAUGCCGAACAAGCACUACCUCAAUAUCGACGUAUCGAAGUUUCCCGCCAACGUCACGAAGGGCGAUCCCCGCCAUUACAUUUACCAACCCAUAGACAAACCAGCCGGUCUCAUCUACGCGCAGCUCCGCCGUAGACCAAAGAGUCACUUGUGACACAAAUUAGAGUAGGUAGUUUGUAAAUACAUACAUACUUACUUGUAUAAUAAUUAACCCAUGAAUAAUUAUAGAUACUCAUUGGUGUUACAUAGUGGGUUGCCAAUUAACCUAUAUAAUCCCAAUUAGUGGAAAUAUCUAUGAUCAUUUUAAUUGUUUGCUGAGUAACAUUUGCUAUUUUGAUAGAUGUAUGAUAGUAUUUCAUAUUUAAAUAGUAUCUUCGUAGUGUCAUUUUUUCAAUACGUUUACAAGGAAAUUUAAAUUUUUUACAUUAGGAGCAUUUAGUAAAAUUAGGUGAAACCUUAACAAAGGAGAUUGCAAAUGCGGAAAUAUUUCCAGAAGCAGUCUUCGUAAACACAAUUUAUUUUUAAAAAUAUUUGUGCAGUUUUUAUACAAUGUCUACUCAUCCUUUUAAAUUAAUAACGUUUAUUUAAGGUGUCAUUUCGUGCAAUAAAUAUAUUGAAUAUUAAGGAAAAAUUUAUACCUAAUAACAUCAAAAAAUCAGAUUUAGCAAUCAACAUAGUGAGAAAUAAUAGAUUCUCAAUUGAUUUUAGUUAAGUUAUUAGUUAGUUGUGUUGGGUUAAUAUAACAAUGUUUACCUGCACCUCGCAUUAGUUCAUUUAUUAUUAUGUUGAUAUAUUGUAUUAAAACUUGUUCAAAUUAUGUGCUUUUUAGACGUGAAAAUAUUAACCGUAAUUUGUCUGUAUAUUUCCAAUAUAUUUAUGUAUUUUCAAGUUAGUUAUACUGAGCAUUUUGAAAUAGAACUGAAAUUAAUUGUAAUCUAGUCAAGGAAUAUAACAUUCAUUGUUGUUUUAAACCAAAAUGAUAACGCUAUGUUAGUUGUUAAUAAAUUGGUUUUACAAAUUUCUA